AUGAGAAAUGACACUGAUAGGCUUGAUUUGGAUCCAAACGUGGUUGUUAGUGAGCUCCGGUGUCCGGUAAGAUUGAUCACUUCUUUUUUGGGUAAUGACGAGACACUUUUGGUUGUAAAAAACCGAGAAUUGAGCGUUUACUCCUAUUUGAAAAACCAGGAGCUACCGGUUUAUCGAGAAUCUACGUCGGAAACUGUUUUGGAGGCCUGGUCCUGUAAUUCAGGUGCGAAUUCCGAAGAGAAAUAUGCCAUUAUUUUCUACGAAUCUGGUGAAAUAGAAGUUAGAAACGAAAAACUGCAAAUUGUCGAUUCUGCAAAGCUUGAUUUGCCCUAUAGAUCUCAAUCAAAGCCUCUUGUGACCGUUGAUGCGAAAUUCAGCCGGUUUUUUGUAUCAUGGGACCGUCUGUCGGUGGUAAAAGUGGGCUACAAAGUGGACUACAAAGCGGGAGUCGCGAAUUUGCAGCUUUCGGUCUUGUCAGAGGCCAAAAAUGUAGUAUUCAAGUCGCCGCAUCCCAUACGGGCGCUCUCGGCCUGCUGGAACUCCGUGGACUCUGAGGAAUUCUAUCAGAUGUGUAUUUUGUCACAACCUCGCAAUAGUAAGGUUCCUACCGUUGAAAUCUGGGAAGAGCUCGAUUUGAUCCGCAACAAGUGGAAAGCGGUCAUCAAGAGUCGAGAUUUGGAUGAUUUACCUUGCGAUGCAUCUUGUGAAGCCAUUUCGCUCAUCUCCAGAGUCAAUGUGGGUUUCAUGUGCUUUUUUCCUGAUUAUACGCUUGUUUACGACGCGCGUAAGGCCUUCCUUUCGCAAAAGCCGCGUUUGAAUACCAUCAAAAAGAAUCUGAAAUCGAUACUGGGGCUUGGCCUUUCUGAUGCCCGUAUUUACCUUGCAUUGGAGCAGUCAAUGCAAGAGGACAAGCAUAUCGCUGGCUGUACCAAUGAGGGCGAGUUUUUCAAGUUCGAUUCUCGUCUUCUGUUUGAUGGCAUACAGGACCCGAAUUGCGUCUCAUUGAUUUCGCCGGACUUUGCUCGAGCCAAGCUAGACACCGCCGACAACUGCAUACAUCUGCGCGGUUCUCAAUUUUUGAUCCCGACUACUGUUUUUGGACUGGUUAUUUUCGAUUCGAGUACUAAGACGUCCCUUUCGAUUGCAAGUGAAAAUGAAUCCGCGUUAUAUUCCACCGUUUCUGGCGAAGAUGGGAAUUUUAUGCGAUUUUUAGUGUCUGGUGGAUCUUCCGGUAAUCAAGGUUUCCUGGAAUGUACUUUUUUGGCGUCUGAAGUCUCAUUGAAUCUAAGCCCUAUACCACAUAUCACUGAUCGGCCAGUUGCGGAUUUUUGGCUAGCAGAAAAGGGACUGUUCUGGACGGAUUUCGACGGCAUACUAUACAAUGAUACAGAACCAGUCACAACAGGUAGUAACGUGGUACACGUUAACUCGAAUGGUGAAUGGAGUCGGCGAGAAGAUGACAUUGUUAUGGUCGGGCCAAUCAUGUUUUCUCAGGAGUUAGUAUACGUCAAAAAGAAUGGAGAAAUUAGCUGGGGUCUGAAUGGUUUGAGCUCUCUUGUCCCAGGAUUCGAGAAUGCCAGAUCUGCCUCUCGCUAUGUUUCUUCAGCACAGCUGCCUGAUGCAAGUAUCCUAACCGUGGUUGGUUGGAACUCAGAAUCGGUAUGGUUUUUUGAUAGCAAGAGCAAGUCGGUCAAGCUGCAAGGACUGUCUCAAAUAUGUGAUUGUCUUGUGAAAACUUGGGAGAACAAUAGUAUGCUGAUUUUUAUAGAUAUCUUUGGCAAUACUCAGAUCUACAACACAGAUGGCACAAUGAGGUCUCAAUUCAAAAUCAGCGGACACAGGUUUUAUCUUCAAGAUUUGCCAGCAUCCAACCGGUUUCUCAUCUGUUGUGUCGACAGCGUGUUCAUGGUGAGCUUUCAUACGUCGAAAAUCGAAGCCGGUGAAGUCAUUUUGCCAUUGCGGCUCAAGCGCAUAAAAGUAGCACUUGGCACCACCUUCAUAGGAAUGGAUGCUGACUCCACUUUUUAUAGAGCCGAUAUUUCAGAGCUAUUGACUAGCCCUUUCACAGUGACCAAAAAGGUCUACCGCGACCCUUCUCACAUUUAUACAAAACACUUGGCACUUCCGAUAUCACGACGAUUCGUAAUCACCAGUGCUGUGGCCCAAAGCUAUGAUUCUCGCCAAGAAAAGACUGCCUAUGAGUCUGAAAUUCAUGUGCAUGAUGUUUCGACAGGAGUGGUGGCCCGGAGAUAUGCUGUCUCUACAUUAUUCCCCCAGGCUUUAGUUUCUGAUUUAACAGAUGUGACAUUCAACAAAAGGGUACUUUGUGGCAAAUACUUGGAUAAUAACACAUCAUUCGCUAAGCAGCUCAUUUUUGCGAGAUGUUUUCUCGUUUCACUGAGCUUUGAUUUCGCAGAGGAUGAAUCGCAAGAUAAUCUUUUGCUCUUCACUCUUGAUGAUGAAACUGGCGAGAUUGAGUUACAGUUAAGAACUCGCGUUGAGUUUAGUGUCACAUCUUUGUACAACUAUUCCAACCGAAUAUUAUUUGCUGCCGGAGAGUUCAUUCAGGCCUUGCAAUUGGAUUAUUCUGCCAAAGAGGGUAUUUUCAGCCUGAAGUCAGUUUCCAAAGCAUUGGUACUAGAUGGAUAUGCAGGAUACUGUUUCUGCUUCUCGAAACAAGUCCCUAAAAUAUUGGCUUCUGAUGACCAGCCUUCAAGCAAACGACCUAAGGUCUUCAGUCAGCAAGAGGUCAUUGGAGUUCACAGUUUAGUAAAAGGGAUUCAAGAGUUUGAAGUUAGUGCAGAGGUUGUCGGAAAAAUAUCAACCGGGGUGUUAAGUUCGGAACUCAAAGGGAUCACCAUCAAAAAACAGCCCGUGUCUGAUUAUAGUGAGGUGUCGCACUACCUCACAGACCUGCGUUUUUCAUCUGACGUCAAGGUGGAUUUCAAUGAGAGACGAGGUUUCUCAAUUGCUUUGAGCUUUGCGGCUAUCAAUGAAGAUGGGCACGUUUCAGUCAUGUAUUCGCAUCAAAACGAUGGCAUGGAAACCUUAUUGGGGGCGCAAUUUGCUAGUGUGCCGUCAGUAACAGGUCUUGGUAUUGUUGACAUUAGUUCCGGAUUGCAAGACCGCACAAAAGCUUUGAGUGGGCUGAACAGAACCUACACGCAGCUUCGCGAGAAAUUUAUGCCACUUUUCUUACUCAACACCAGCACCGGCGGGUGCUAUCUGGUCAGUACCAUAAUUUCGCAAGAAAAGCUGCAAGAAUUCUUGAAGGCGUCCAAAAGCACGGCAAGCGAGAUUGUCGGGUUGCUGAACUGCGACGAAAUACAUUUCUUUGGCCCAGGUCAUGCGCUUGCUGAAGAGCCCAAGAACUGCAUUUUCGGAUGA